AAGAGGAAUAUUCCUCUUCAUACGAGAGAAGUGUAGACAGUGUGAGUGUAGAGUGUUUGUGUAUGUGUUGCUUCCGGAGCUAUAUCUCGUGCUCUACAGUACACACUUGUAUACUAGUAAUAUCAAUUAUUGCAUUUUGAACUGUACUACGUUGACCUACGUACCUUAUCAGUAUACUACUAUCACUAUCAAUUAUUUCAUUGGAUAUUGAACUCCCCCAACAGUCAUUCUAAUUUGAAUUUUUUCUGCUGCUCCACUAUCAUACUGCUCCCAUUAAUCAACAACGUCGUUCAGUAACUUACCGUUCCAUUUUUGCAAAUGGAUUUGAAGUUAUUUCAUAGUGGCAAAGUAGUCUUUCAAUUGAUUAGUUACUUAUCAUUUCAAUAUUUUUAAUAUAUAUCAUCAUCAAGCUGUUGCGUCGAAAUUGAUGCUGUGAACCAAUUACUUACAACUUUACGACUACACACACAUGUGUUCUUAAAGAAGUAAUACAUCAGUGUUCUAUCAACGUUUCAUCGUGUUUUGGUCCCUUUUCUACUUCCAGUAAGAAAAAUGACGAUGGCUAGUUCUCAAUCCGAAAGUGAUCUCAGCUCAGAUGAGAUGGCGGAACAAACUAACGCUGGGCUUGUCUUCGAGGAUGAGUUGCUGCCUCCAAGAACCCUGCAUAAUAUGAACAUGAUGCGCAAAAAUCGCAGUUUUUGUGAUGUGAUCUUGAAGGUUGGUGGCACUGAAAUAUUUGCACAUAAGGCGGUUCUUGCUGCGUCUUGUCCUCAUUUUCUGGAACUUUUCCAUGCUGAAGAUGGUCUCAAAGGCGGAACGAGAGAGACUGUUGUCACUUAUCAUCUGAACGGACAGUUUGACAAGGAUGCAUUGGAGAUAAUUAUCAACUACGCUUAUACAGCUAGAUUGGAAGUGAAUGCAAACAUGGUGAAGACAGUUUAUGUGACUGCGCAGUGCUUGAAAAUGCAACAGGUGAUGAAAAAAUGCGCCAACCACCUAUUGCAGCAACUCAGUGUAGAAAAUUGCAUCGAAAUAAGAUCAUUGCCAGGCAUUGCAAGGAAUAUCGAUUUGGCUGCUCAUGUUGAUUCUUUCAUUAAAAAUCAUUUUGAGUCAGUUUGUAAAAGUUCGGUGCUUCUGAACCUACCCUGUGUCAGGGUGGAAGUACUCAACCAGACUCGAGAGGAGAUGUCGCUUGUAUCACCUGAAUCACUCGCUUGUCUUGUUCUUGACUGGAUGAAGAGAUCUGAUGAUGAUUUGACAAUUGAUGCAUUAAUUGACAAGACACACUUGCUCUAUCUAGCGCUAGAUAACUCGCUGAAGGACUGCUCAGAAUUGCCCAGCAAUGACGUAUCCAACACUGAAAUUGUACAAGACUACAAACGACAAUCCAAGAAGAAUCUGCAGGCGCACCCUCCAAAGAGUCAUAGGAGGAAACAGGUGCAACCAGCGAAACCUCGCGUUUUGCUUUACUCUAGAGAUAUCUCAGACAGUAGUAUUAGGCUAGAAGAGAACAACACAGAUUGGACAGUAGUGGCGUCUAUUAAAGUUGCAGAGCACACAUUCCUGGCUCUCGUAAUGAUCAACCGAAGCCUGGCAACACUUUCCAUCCUGUUGCGUCUGAACGAAGUGGCAUCUGCAACACAGCAGAGUCCGUUGCAAACGCCGGAUACAUGUCAGCCAAACUCCGAGGGUGGUGAACCUCUUGAUCUCUACUGCGGACUGACCAACAUGGCAUCUGUGCGUAGCGGAGCAGGAUGUGCUAAUUUGAACGAUUGUCUGUUUGUUUGUGGUGGCUAUGACAAGGUGGAAUGCCUGCGCAACGUUGAAUUAUACAAUCCAGCCGAAAACACAUGGAGUGAACUUCCAGCCAUGAAAGAUGCUCGUGGACGAUUCAAUAUGGCAGUUGUCGAUGGAUUAGCCUAUGCGGUUGGUGGCUGCAAUGGGACAACGGAACUGGCCACUGUCGAAUGUUAUUCUCCCGAACGGCACACUUGGACUACUGUUACACCUCUGCCCUUGGCUAGGUCCAAUACAGGUGUAUGUGCGCUGGAUGGAAAGAUAUAUUGCAUUGGUGGCUGGAAUGGUCAGAUGGGCAUUAGACAGUGCGAUCGUCUUGUCCCUGACCAUAAGAAAUGGGGAGGCAUGGCUCAGCUUCAAAAAGGUCGAUAUCAAGCUGGAGUUUGUGCGUUCAAUGGAAGAGUGUGGGCUGUGGGAGGAUGUGAUGGCUGGAAUUGCUUGAAUUCUGUCGAAGUUUAUGAUCCGGAAAGUGACGCUUGGAUGUUCGCGGCCCCUAUGAUCACUGCUAGACGUGGUUGUGGUGUAGCCGAAUUCAAAGGAAAACUUUACGCAGUGGGUGGAUCUGAUGGCACGUAUUCUCUUUCCACAACUGAAGUUUAUGAUCCAGUUGAGAAAAUCUGGUCACUGGGACCAAACAUGACUACACCACGGUCCAAUGCUGGGGUUGCUGUUAUCGGAGGAAGAUUGUAUGCGGUUGGAGGUUUUUCAGGCAGAGGCUUCUUGAAUACAGUGGAAUAUCUUGAUGAAAGCACAGACGAAUGGACGACAUUCAGUCUACAGCGUCCCGUCAACGGAACGGAUAUUAGACCGGCUGUCGAAUCGGUCCUACUAUAUAUAUAUAUAUAUAUAUAUAUAUAUAUAUUACCCUCGUUAUGA